CAUGUUUACACACAAAGAGAGGAGUUGAGCAGCGAUGAGUCUAACAGCAGCAGUGCGUGGGUUUAUUCUCCUUCUUAUCUCUCUACAAGUGGUUCAGAGUCAGAAUGUCUGGGGAGUGACUUUCACUUCUAGGGAGAUCUGUGCAGUGAAAGGAUCAACAGUGGAGAUAAGCUGCAGUUACAGAUACCCAUCCAGAUGGAAAAAUAAGGAAAACAGAGUAGAGAAAACAUUCUGGUUUGUUGAAAAGAAAGAUGGUGAACCUGUAGAUCUGACCACAGACUCAGAGUAUGCAGGUCGUGUAGAGGAUCUCUGUGAAAACAACAUCUGCACUCUGAGAAUCAGAAACCUGAGAGAGAGAGACUCAGCUGAGUACAAGUUCAGGAUCGAAACAAACCAAGACGUUUAUGCUAGUGAACCAGUCACUCUGUCUGUCACAGGUCUCCAGGUGAAGGUGACCAAAACAAGUUCCUGCUCAGGAAGCUGUAUAUGGGCAGACCUGGAGUGUCUCAGCAGUUGUCCUCCAACUUCUCGUCCUUCCUACAUCUGGUACAAGAAUGGACUGAAAUCGACAGAAACAAGAGAAUCUUUUAAUUACUAUUUCUAUCCUAAAGAAAGCUUUGCCUGUGCUGUUAAAGGAUAUGAGAAUUCCCCCUCUCCUUCAGUGUGUGUUAAUGGUCAAGCCUGCAAUACAGUGGCUUACAGUGAAAGAAGCAUCUGUGCCUUCAAAGGAUCCUCAGUGGACAUUUCCUGCACGUACAGCAGCUUUGAAGACAAUGUUAAAUCUAAGUUCUGGUUCAGUCCUGAGCGUAGUUAUCAGGACCUUAGUACAGACUACCAGUAUUCAGGUCGUGUUGUGGUUCUUUCACCACGGAGAGGAUCCACUCUGAGGAUCUCUGACCUGAGAGACUCAGAUUCAGCUCAGUAUCGCUUCAAAUUCAAAACACCAAGCUUUGAAUGGUGGAGUGAUUUACCUGGAACCAAUCUGACUGUCACAGAUCGAGAAUUAGAGGUGCAGGUGAUCGGGUCUUCCUCUGGUCCAAAGCUGGUUUGUCUCAGCAGCUGUCUUCUUACUGGUCAUCCUACAUUCGUUUGGUACAAGAAUGAAACAGAGAUUCGGGGAGAAACGUCUGCUUCUUACGGCAAAUACGUUGAUUCUGCAAACAAUUAUUCCUGUGCCUAUGACGGUCACCGCUCUCGCUCAGUGUAUGCUCCAAAGCUUCCCUUGGUGUUGAUGAGUCCCUCUGGUGAUAUUAUGGAGGGCAGUUCAGUGACUCUGAACUGUAGCAGUGAUGCUAACCCAGCAGCUAACUACACCUGGUAUAAGAGGAACCAAAAACUGCUCAUUGAGACCUCACAGCUUGUCUUUAGCUCCAUCAAUUCCACUGGAUCUGGACAGUAUUUCUGUACAGCUGAGAACAAGCUGGGGAGGACAUCUAAAAGCUUCUUUAUUGAUGUGAAAUAUGCUCCAAAGCUUCCCUCUGUGUCAGUGAGUCCCUCUGCUGAGAUAGAGGAGGGCAGCUCAGUGACUCUGACCUGUAGCAGUGAUGCUAACCCAGCAGCUACAUACACCUGGUACAAGGCGAACCAAACAGUGUUUCAGGGACCAGAAGGAAGAUACAAUUUCACCUCCAUCAGCUCUGAGGACAGAGGGAUCUACUACUGCAAGUCUGAGAAUCAAUAUGGAGAGAACAAGUCAUCUCCUCUAUCAGUAGAUGUCCAGUAUGCUCCAAAGCUCCCCUCUGUGUCAGUGAGUCCCUCUGCUGAGAUAGAGGAGGGCAGUUCAGUGACUCUGACCUGUAGCAGUGAUGCUAACCCAGCAGCUAACUACACCUGGUACAAGGAGGAUGAAGACUCUCCAAAAGCUUCAGGACAGAUCUACAACAUCACGGUCGUCAGAGCUGAACACAGUGGGAGUUAUUACUGUGGAGCCCAGAACAAAUUAGGACGUCAAAACUCCUCCUUACUUAUACUUUUUUGGAAAGAAUUUGAAUAUUCAGGUGCAUGGAAAUCAGCAGCUACAGGAACAAUCACUAUUGUCCUCCUGGCUAUCAUCCUCAUCGCUGUCUUCCUAUGGUUUAAGAGAAAUAAGUCUAAUGGUGGAGAGAAGCCCGACAACAAUGCACAGCUAAACAUGGGCCCGGUGCAUGGCGUCCCUUCAGAUACAGCACAACCAGCAGAAGAGCAGCAUGACCUUCACUACUCCAGCAUCCGCUUCCCUCAGAACCAGGAAGAAGCUCUGUACUCUAACAUCGGGAGAGUGCAACCCCACAGACAAACAGAGGAAGAUGAGGAUAUGAAUGAGUAUACUGUUGUCAAAACUCCAGGCCUGAGACGUCAAGAAGAUGCGGAGGAUUUAUUUGCACUGUACAGCACUGUCAAUAAAUGAAAAUGGAUCUGUCACCAGUUAUUUAUUGAACUGAGUUAAAAAUAUAUAUAUAUAUCAGGAAUCAGUCUAAUUGUAGCAUUUGUGCACCCAUAAAAAAUAUGAAUUGUAAAUAUCUGUUUGCUUGGUUAUAGUUUCUGCAAGGAUUUCUUGAACCAAAUUACAGAAAAAUAAAAAUCCUGUCCCUGUGGAUAUUUAUUUUUCCACCUCCAUACACAGUAGGGUUAGUUAACCGUAUUUUUUAUUUGGGUAAACUCUUCCUGUCACUUACCGUAAUACUAUAUCAGCAUUUUACAGUGCAAACAAAAGUCAAUAAAAUACAAAUACGUUCAUAAAUGUGUGUUAUAUUUCUCAGUAGUGGGUUUAUUUUACUGUAUUCAAUGUAUGCACAUUAAUAUCUUAACUAAUCUUAAUUAAUCUUUACAUUGCCAUGUAAAGUAAUUUAGUACAUUGGCAAGUACUGUACAGUACUUAAGUACAAUCUUGAGGGGCUUGUACUGUCAUGAUAUUUUGUUUUGUCUGUUUAGUCAUGGUUUUAUUUUAAAGUUCUGUUCUCCCUGUCUCUGGUCUUCCUUCCUCUGUCUGAUUUUCUCAUUGUGCUCACAUGUUGUGUUUGUGCCUCCCCUGCCCAGCGGUGUAUUCUCCUAUGAUUACCCUCUUGUGUAUUUAGUCUUGCUUGCCCUUGUGUCCCUUGUCAAUAUAUUGUUGUUUGACAGUGGUUUGGUUCCUGUUCCUGGUGUUCUGGAUUUCUGGAUUUCCCUGUUCUGCCCUCCUAUGGUCCUGGUUUGUUUGUUUGUUACUUUCUCAUUUGUUCCCCCUUGCCUGCUCCAGUUGUUUUUGUAUUGUAACAGCUUUUAUUUAAUUAAAAGAUCUUAAUUUA